ACAUCAGCAGACGACUCCGUAGUGGUAGUGUUUAAGUUGCGGAGAAAUGUUGACAUUGCGUGUGCGUGAAUAAAUAUUGUUUAUUUGUUGUAAACAAACGUUAUAUUAUUGAUGUGGUGGUCGUUGCUAUUGUUUUUCACGUAUUUCUGGAAGAGAGUUAUGCUUGCAAUGAUACAGUAAAAUAAAUGCCGGUUUGACAGUUCGCAGAAGUAAUUGUUGUGUGUGUAACGAGAAGUGCAAACUGUUUUCAAGAAAUUGGAAAUCACAUACCUCUUGUACUCGUGUUAUCUGUGUAGGAAGUCUCUCUCAAAUAGCCGCAAGAAGAAGGACCAAAGGAAUCCUAACCUCUUCAUUGAUAUUGUGCGUGUUCUUGAUAACAGAAUCUACAAUUUAUGUUGUGUUUUGCUUAAAGAGAAACGAAUACCGCCUGGCAUGUGUGAAACACGUAUCAAACUUUCCUUACUUCAUUUGAUUAUGUGUGAUAGUAAAAUAUUACUAAUGUAAAGUUCUGUGCGAAGGCAGCGGUUAAGCGUGCCACUUGUUGUUUUAUAUCUUUUCACGAAAGUGUAAAUUUCGAGGAAACAGAUAUUCCGGUUUCGUAGACAGGCUCCGUGAACUAUUGUUUACAUGUGUACCUUCAAAAAUUACCGUACUUUUGAUUGGUGAUAACAAUAAAUAUUGAGUUAUUUCGAAUGUGUCCUUAUUGUUACGAGUACAAAAACUCACACUGAGCCCUCGUGGGCACAAAUAAACGAUUGUUUCUUGCACUCGUUACCUGCAGCAGCCGGUAAGGUAAGAUUAAUAACUGCAGUGGCGUGUUAUCAACAGCAGCAUCAUGGUUUGUUUGAAGAAAUCGAAGUGCGACGAGUUGCUGCAACUGGCGUUGUUGCUCAGCUUGUUGCGUGCAGAUCCAGACACUUACUUACGUCGGGAGGCUCCGGAAAUCGUGGGCGUCCGCGUGGAGACUGGCCAGGCGUGGGCCCUGACCGGUCCUAGGGGUCCUAACUUCGAUAAUCGCAGACCCUACAUCCACCCUAAAAGCCUCGACUCUGAACUCAUUAAUUACGAACGGGAGGUCUUCGAGGAGCUCAACGCCCUAGGCCGCUACAACAGGAUAAAUGCGGGAAUAUAUAAUGUUACCGCAUAUCUUCUAAAUGUGGAUGGAAACAGUCCUGAUGAUGAUUUCGGAGCGGACAAUGCAUCGAGCUCUGGGUUGCUUGUGGACAACGAAAGACCAACGGUAUCUGCCAACGAGGAUUAUGCGGAGGCGUCAUCUUCUGGACUAUCCGGAUUUCCUUUCCUGUUCGAUGACGACGAGAGUGAUCCGAGCUUGGCGGAUACUGCAGACCUGACUCAGGAGGACAUGGACCUGAUAGAGGUGCUGUGGAAGCAGGACGUGGACCUGGGGUUCUCCCUGGAGGAGCUGCAGCCCGCAGACAAGCCCGGCAAGAGCCCUGCAGACGAUGACGUCGCCACCCUGAAGGCCAUCGCCGCUAGCGACCCCAAACCGCGCUCUAAGAAAGAUGACGACAGUGAGGAUGAACGAACUUCUAACCCGGAUGACCCAUGGGCUGGCCUAUCAUACACAAUCGACUUGGAGACAGGAGAGUAUGUGCUUAAGGAUAGUCUAUGUGAAGAACUCAGUAACACACCCGCAACCAUCUUAGUUGAUGAAGCACCAUCUUCACUGCUUGAUCUUCAGGAAUUCUCACUUGAAGAGGCAUUACAGCUCGUGGGACUGAAUGAAAGUUCCACAGAGCCGACAAAGGAGGAAAGUCCACUCUCAGAGCCAGUAAUACCAGCGCCACCUGCAAAGACUGGCACUGAUGGAGAUGUGAAGAAGGACGCUGCUGAGAAAGAUCCAUUGGAAACCGCCUCAACACCCUCAACAUCAGACGAGGAGUUGGGCGACAUGAUACAAACAGCGCAGUUCCAUCACCCACACCCCCAUCCACGAUCCUUCCAGGGUCGUGUGCCGGUAGUGCGCACAGCUAGUGUUGAACAGCGCUGGCAAGACUUGGCAAACCUGCUGAGCCUACCUGGAGAAGGUGUUCCUGGUCACACAAACUACCCGCAUCAUCAUCCUCAUCACCCACAUGCACACCAUCCACAUAUUGGCUAUGGCAGCAGUACAGCUGGAGGUGCUGUUGGUGGUUAUGGAGAUACUGCGAGGGGAGUCCUGCUGCACAAUGCCACGCUUGCUCCACCUGUUGGGGACAUGAACGCCACAAGUCCAUACCAUGGUCAUUCUGUUGGAAGCAAUUCAAACCUUGGAACUGCCGUGGCUGCUUCAAUGAACCUGACAAACAGCAGUGAGCCAAUGGGAGAUACAGGCUCUACUGCAUCAUACAAAAUGGAGUCAUCACAUGACAUGAUGUACUAUCAGAAUACCACCACUGAAAUAAGUCAGACAACAGAGGGAUUUUUGUCAUCCAUACUAAAUGAUGAAGAUUUGCAGUUGAUGGACAUGGCAAUGAAUGACAGUAUGUACACGAUGCGCAUGCUGGACUCGACGGGCAGCCCGACUUCUGCGCCGAGCGCCGCCCACGCAGGGGCGGCGGCUGGCGGAGCGACGGCUGUGGCCGCUUCCGGCCCGGGGGCGGCGACGGCGGCGUCAGCUGCUGCUGCUGCGGCUGCGGCUGCGGCGGCGGCUGCGGCGGCGGCGGACGAGCGCAUGGACGCGUCCAGCGACAGCGCCGUCAGCUCCAUGGGCUCCGAGCGGGUGCCCUCGCUGUCUGACGGCGAGUGGAUGGAGACUGGCUCCGACUCGGGACACACGGCCGGCGACCACUACGGAGCCGCCGACUACCACGCCAGCAAGUACAGACCUUACGACUACAGCUACUCUGGUCGCCAGCACUCCAGUUCUGUCAGCACUGCCGAGACACAGCACCGUGUGCCGCCCAUGGCUCAAAAGAAACAUCAGAUGUUUGGAAAGCGAUGCUUCCAGGAGCAGGGUGCAGGAGCAGCUUCUUCCUUGGGUAGCCAUGGAACAACACCGAGUCUGCCACCAGCGCCUGUAAAGUAUGAGUUCAGCGAGGCAGUACCUGCUGGUGGAAAUGCAUUUGGCACCCCAUUGGAAGCUGGAGUUGCUGCUGCCAAGGCACCAGAGAUGAAAUAUAGCUGCAGUGUUGAAUUUGCAAGGCAUCACCCAGAUGUAAGACCAUCUAUUGACCACAUACAGCACAAUCAUUCAUACCAUCUUCCUGCAGAAAGCACAGGAGCCAUGCAAAGACCUGUUUCAAGAGACAAACAAAAAGGUCGUAAAUCUGACGAGGAACAUCUGAACAGAGAUGAGAAACGAGCACGAGCAAUGAACAUUCCAUUGCCUGUGAGUGACAUCAUCAAUUUGCCAAUGGACGAAUUUAAUGAGCGAUUGUCAAAAUACGACCUUAGUGAGGCACAGUUAUCACUCAUAAGGGACAUCAGGAGGAGAGGAAAGAACAAGGUUGCAGCACAGAAUUGCCGUAAACGGAAGCUAGACCAGAUUCUCAGUCUUGAAGAUGAGGUCAACGAAAUGCGUGAUCGGAAGAACCGCCUGAUGCAGGAGAGAGAUUACAUGUUGGCAGAACGUCAGCGUGUCAAGGAGAAGUUCAGCCAACUGUACAGGCACAUCUUUCAGCAACUGCGGGAUCCUGAUGGCAACCAGUAUUCAAUGUGUGAAUACAGCCUUCAGCAGUCUGCAGACGGCACAGUACUGUUAGUGCCUCGAGCAAAUGCAACUGCCUUCCUGGACCCUGAAGCUACCACUGCUGCUGCUUCGUGCAGGAAGCGUGAGGAAGAAAAGGAGUGACGUCAUGUUGCUGCAAACUCAAACCUGCUCAGAUCAGAAGCGUGACAACUUCAAAAUUGGACACUGGAGCAGGUGCAAAUUCACAGAUGCCUGUUUAUCUUGUGAUUCAUUGUGUUUCUGAAAGUAAAUCUGUAACUGUAAUUGAGAUCUCACAUGACAAGUGGUGUUAUUGGAAAAAAUAGAGACAUUUCAAAUCGGACUGUACUAUACAAAUAGAGUUGUAUAUUGAAGGUUGUGCCUGUACAAAUAUAUCAGACAUCGCGAAGAGUGAGUCCCCAAUGUUAUUGAUGGUUACAUACAAAUAUAGUGACAAUAUGAAUAUGGGAUUGCAAUCAGUGGAAAAUGUUACAAGCCUAGAUUGUGAAAAAUUAAGUGUGCAUGUGUAAAAAGGUAAAUUAUUGGUAACUAAAACUACAUGUUUUUUUUUUAAACCAAAAGUGGGAAUUAAAACUAAUACCUUUUUAAAUAGGAGUGAAUUUUACUGUAUGAUAUGCGAGAAUUAUAGUGCUUGUUGACAUCCAUUAUUGCUCUUUUUAUAAUGGCAUUUAACAUUUCUGUUAGAAACUUAGCAUUAAGUAUUUUACUAUAUUUUUAUGUACAAUUUUCAUUAAUAUUCUUCGAUAAGCUAUACUUUUAAGAACAAUUUUGAAAUGAAUUCUGAAUAAGAGAAAAGCAUCUGGGCAAAUAUUGUCUUCUAAAACAACUGAAGUGAGUGUACAGAAAAUUGUGGAGGACAGAGCUAGCGAAUAAAAUAUUGUGCCUUCUUUAAAAUUUAAAUUUUUCUUGAGACUAGUUUCUUAUACUAUACAGUUUAUUUGAAGAAUAUCACAGUGCAAUUUAGUGAAAUACUAUUUAAAUAAUAAAGAUUCAUGAUGAAACAUACUGAUUUUCAGUUUGUUACUCUGUGCUAUUUAGAAAUUUAAAAAGUUUACAAAAACCCAUAGUACGUUAUGUUCAUUGAUGAUGUCAGUGCUGAUGUUCAGUGAUUUUUAUUAGUAGUGUGUAUGUGAGGCUGUGAACUCACUUCAUUCAGUACAUAUAGUUUUAAUAUGUUUUAAGAUGUCUUGUGAUUCAGUUUUGUUGAGAAUAUUAGGUAAUCUUGAAACUAAGGAAUAGCAAAGUAGCUCAGCUAACACAAAGGCCUUAAUAUACAUUGCUUCAAUCAUGCUCACCUUUUAUACUUACAAAACACAUAGUGCUUUUGAGACUUUUUUUAAACAGAAAGAAAGUUAUUUACUGGUCUGUAUUGUCCCCUGGUGGCAAUAGAGUUUACAAAUAAAUUUAAUAAAAGUGUGAAUAUACAAUUAUUUUUAUAUAACUCAUUAAAUGGGAUCAUACGGCUAGGUCAUUUAUCUCAAUGUAUAUACAAUUUAAUUAAUGCAGAUAUGUGUACAUUUCAUAUUUUAUAAAGAAUAGAGAGUAAUUCUUAGGCAGUUGACAUCAUGUUUUGAUAUCAGAUAUUGUAAAAUGGAGCAGCUGCUCUACCUGUAUCAUGUCAGAAUGUAAAGCAUACAUGCUAGUACUGUUCUUUGGAAAUCCACAUGUGCAGAGAAGAGUUCUUUUUUUCCUUUCUGUGUGUUGCACAACAUUAUGUCCGAUUCAGUUGGUAAAAUUUCUUGUGAAUGCAUACUGCUAUGCAGAUAUUGUUUUAUGUUCUUAAAACAUUAGAACUAAUUGCUGUAAAGCACCAAGUGCUUUCAACACUUCAUAACAACUUCCAAAUAUUUAUUAGUGCAUUUAAAUUUUUAGCUCACUGGGUUUCUUUAUGGUAAAAAUAUGGAAAGAUAGUGGACUACCUGUGUGAAUCAUUAACACACAUUGUAUAUCUCUCUUUGAAUGUCAUUUAAAAUAAAAAAGUGAGUUUUAUA